UCACGAUGGACGGUAUUAAAUCUCGCCAGUGAGAGUCAAGUUUUGACUUUAUGGAUAGCUCCAUGGGAACAUUCAAUAGCGCAGGUCAAUUCCCCAAUACCUCCGCAACUAUCGUUCGGCGAGAAGUUCAGACCUGCUGCUGACACAUGGGAAUGUCCUACCUGCAUGAUUAGAAACAAUAACCGCCAGUCCAAGUGCCUCGCUUGUGAGUCACCCAAACCGGAAAGCAUCGCCAAAGCUGGGUCGUCGGUGUCACAUGACACGUGGGAAUGUCACAUUUGUUUGAUUAGGAACAAAGAUCAGGUUGAUAAAUGUGCGUCUUGCGCAGCGAUCAGACCGGAUGCGGAUGCGGUGAAAUCAUUGCCAUUUAAUGAUGGUUUAAAGAAGUCGGACGACGAAUGGGUCUGCGAGGUGUGCACUCUACGCAACGAGUCGACUGCAGAAAGGUGUGACUGUUGCGAGUCACUGAAGUCUGGCACUCGAACGUCGAGCUUCAGCUUUGGUGUUGACCAACCGCCACCUUUGAAUUUCACAUUCGGUUUGCUGCCGUCUCAGCAGUCGUCUGAUACUGCAAUUACUUCGCCGGCUGUUUUCGGAGUGAAGCCGGUCGUGACAGACACUCCUCCGACGUUCACGUUCGGCCUGCAACCACCUGCUGGAAACCCACCUGGUUCGCUGGUUUUUGGAGGAAACCGUGACGUGACAAAACUUUCCACUGACUCAGCUGAGGGAAAAAAUAGCGAAAUUUUUCCUCCAACUGGUGUGAGGGCACCACCACCACCUGCUUCGGGGGGAGUUUUAUUCGGGAGGCCAGUUUCUCCAAUUCCUGCACAACUAUCGUUCGGCGAGAAGUUCAGACCUGCGCCUGACACAUGGGAAUGUCCUACCUGCAUGAUUAGGAACAAUAACCACCUUUCCAAAUGCCUAGCGUGUGAGUCACCCAAACCGGAAAGCAUCCCCAAAGCUACGUCAAGUGGGUCUGGAAGCCAAUUCACACCGCCUCCAGGCACAUGGGAAUGUCAGAUUUGUUUGAUUAAGAACGAAGAUCAGGUUGAUAAAUGUGUGGCUUGCGCCGUGGUCAGACCGGAUGCGGACGGCGCGAAAUCAUCGUCAUUUGGAGAUGGUGUCGAGAAGUCUGACGAAGAAUGGGAAUGUGAGGCGUGCACUCUACGCAACGAGUCGACGGCAAAGAGGUGCGUCUGUUGCGAGUCACUCAAGCCUGGUGCUAAAACGCCACCUUCGGGUUUUUCAUUUGGGCGGCUUCCGUCGCAAGAGAUGUCCGAGACAGCGACUGACUCCUCGCCUAUUUCUGGCGUAAACCCGGAAGUGACAGAACCCCCAACUACUGCAAGGGCACCACCACCACCCGCUGCUGGGGGAAUUCUAUUCGCGAGACCAGCGCCAACAUUUCAUCCACCAAUGCCAGUUAUAAUACCGUCAAGGCCAAGGCAUUUCGGUAUUCCGCCACCUUUAAAUCGUCCAUCGAUCCAAGUCAAGGAACCAAUUAGAGUACCGAGUCUACCGACCUUCAAUUUCGCCCCAACCAAAACCAGACCAAUGUCAACAGCACACGAGAACGAAACCUACACUGAUAAACCGAAAUGUCCAGCAUUCAACUUUAGACUCGCGAGUGCCUCAACCAUGCGAACAAUAGAACCGCCCCGUUGUUCGUCACAAUAUUUUGGGUUUGGAAGGAACACUUUCGGGUUCUCACAGCCCGACGUGCACAACCGAAACCAACCAAUUCAACUAUUCGGCAAUCCCCAGCCAAGUAUCCCCGCAUUUGGUCAAAUGAAUUACACUGCGGUACCUUUUGGUUCGACGAGGUCUACCAUUCAGCAACAACCAAGUGUUUUUCGCCAAACCAACCGGUUAGGUCUGACUACUGAGGCCAACAACGCUAAUACUUCGUUCAACGUCAUCGGCGGCUCAGGAGUGGCUUCAUUUUCUAAGUAAGUUGAUAGAAGGUCCACGAAGUGCGCAAGUGUGGGACCCAGACUACGAGAUCGCUUCACAGGUGCUAUACAAGGUGUCUCAAAUAUGAAAAUUAAAAAUUAUAUAGAAUGUUGUUACAGCAAAUAAAGAUAAAUAAAUGAUAAUUUUUCACUAACCAACUACUGAUAUUUUUUA